AUGUCAGCUCGGUGGCAAGCAUGCCAUAUGUUACUUCACCUAGUUGACAUCGAUCUACGUGCCCGUCUCGAUGCCAACUCUUCAGAGUCGAAGUUCUGCAAAGCACCAAGUUUCUCGAAGGCACUUCCCAACAUCCCAAGUUCUCUGGUUGUGUUUCAAACCAAGGAUUUGAAUGUAUGCGGUGGCUUGCUCGCAGAUCUAGAUCCACAGUUGUGGUCUUUGGUCACGGCUUUGAUAUCGGUGGUGUUCGUCAGACGUGCUGGUGUGAUCCGUGCUAAUACCCCCUCUACAUAUUUUACCAAUGCUCCAGCCUAUGAUGAGACAUGCAUGGGCGACAUGUCGAGGGGCUUGAAGGAUUUGCGCGUCGGCAAGCCAGUGAUCUAUUUGAAUUCCCCUACCAAUAUUGAUAUAUUGGUGGCGAUGUCGCUCGUCCCCGAAUGGCAAUUUUCUGCAAUAUAUCCUGUCAUUCCUAUCAAGAACUCUUCUCUUGGAGAACACAUUGAAUGGAAUGUCCGCACCCACAGCCACGAUGGGACUCUGACAGACAAAUACGGGAUUGAACGUGGCUUAUUUAUUCUGGGAGGCACACACAAUCAUGUGGCCUUGAGGUUUGUCCCUCAAGCAGCGUAUGAGAACGCCGCACCGCUUGUGAUUAAGCCUGAGCCUGACAUCGUGACACGGAUUUUUAUGUUAUUCAAAGGCGUAAUGCAAGAGAGUCUUGGAGACUGGCGUCAAGCGACAAUCAAGGCACUAGAAGACGUGAGCCACUGGAGGGACGUUGUUGGGGUUGACCUUGACCUUGCGCUUGAUACUGUAACAACUGUUCAGGGUGCUGGAAUGGGGAGGGAUGGAAGUGCUGGAACAAUGAUCACGAGUGUUAUCUUGAUGCUACUUCAGGUGGUAAUGGUGGAUUUGACCACGUUUUAUUGA